AUGUUUGACCACACGUCUGGAGCCUGUCCUACCCCUCCCGACACAGCUGACAGCGCGACUCGCUCACAGUGGCUUACUCGUGACGCUGCCGCUCGCCUAGCCGUUCGCAACCACCUGCCGAUAGCCGAACGCGGUCACUUUGACCAGCCUAAAAUUGCUAAAGCCCUCUACGACGCUGUAGUCGCCCGCUACUCUUCCCCUGCCACUGCAGCUCUCGGCCGCCUCAUACUACCCUACCUGUUUCCCGAGCUGUCCUCCUUUGCCACUGUAGAGGACCUCAUCACUCACCUUCGCUUCAUGGACGCUCGCUACCGUGCUGCCCUCCCAGCUGAUUUUGUCCCCAAGAACGAGCCCCCAAUUUACAUCACUCUCUACUUUAUUGUCACUCGCCUCCCUGACUCUCUUCGCGCAGUCCGAGACACCUUUCUCGCCCUUAACCCCACAGACCUCACUAUGGACCUGCUUGAGAAGCACCUCCUUGCAGCUGAGACUAGCAUAGUCGCUGUAGGUGCUGCUCGUGGCACUCCCCGCACGCCCUUCUUAGAGGGGUGCUCCCCCUCGCCCCUUGCCCCCUCUGUUGCUUCUGCUGCUGCUGUCGACUUCCUUGGUGCUGAGGAGGUCGGUGCUGCUUCUGCUCCUAGUGGGAAGCGCCGCAGCGGCAAGGGCAAGGGAGGCAAGGGUGGUGGGGGUGGCGGCAGGGGGGGGGAGGGGGGGGUGGUGGUGGCGGUGGUGGAGGCGGUGGAGGUGGCGGAGGUGGCGGUGGGAGUGGUGGCGGGAGCGGGGGCGUCAGUGGCGGCGGUGGCGGCGGUGCUGGGGUUGGUGGUGGUCGUCAUGGCGGCAGUGGGAGUGGUGGCGGCGGUAGUGUGGCGGCGGAGGGGGUAG